AGGGCAUUAAUACUUUUUUAGAUUAUUUUGUGUAUUCAACAAUAAGAAAAUGUGCCACUGACUGCAAGUUACUGGAUAUUGAUGCAAGUUAGAAAUUCUAAUAAACAGUCUUUAGAUGAAAAUACAAAAGUCUAAUGUGUUUUUAUGCUUCUCUGGAAUCUAAGAUCAGGUACUGUUAACUCUUAAGAGAUGCAUUAACGAUUUCUUUUCCAGAAGUUACUCUUGUUUUGUAUAAUCUUUACCUUCAUCAUAACCAGAAAGUAUUGGAGGGUAUUUACUCUGUGGUCAUUGGUCACACUUAUCACAAUUCAAACACCUCCACAUGAUUUAAUCACUUAAUGAAAAAUACUCUUGUUAUUUAACAACACAGUAACCAAUAAAAUAAAAGACCUCAAGUAAAACAGAGCUGGCUUUGUGAAUAUUGGCUAUUUCGGAAUAACUUCCAAAUAUCUGUUGUGAUAGUUUAUGUUUUUCAUCAGUUAAAUAUGUUUUGAAACUGAUCAUGUUUUGAUGCUUGUUACAAAUCUUUAUAACACUUCACUUCUCAUGCAAGAGAAGAUCAGCUAAUGCUCGAGACGUGCUAAUGAAUAAGAGAGCAGUUUGUCUGCACAAAGCAAAAUAUCUCUCUAUUGCCACAUAAAUCCUAGAAAUUGGAUGCAAGUUCAAAGAAUGUCUCUUGCUUUUAUUAAAAAUAAGGUCUUACUUUAGGAAUACAAUUUUAAUGGUCCUGCAUUUGUCCAGUGGGCUGUACCUCACAUACAAACUCGAUCCUCAUUUUUUUAGUCUGAAGUAAUUCUCUGCUUUAGUCAUCUUAAGCUUUUCACUUCUGAGAAGCUUGCAUAAAGCCUUGCAUAGCUGAAACUAUGUUCUGGUGAUGCCCCUAAAAUCAAAACAGUGCUUUCAAUCAGAUUCAGCCAAACUUGAUGCUAUGAAAAUAUGACAAUUCCCCACUUUAGGCAUGAGACGCACAUCUCACGGAAAAGGAAUUCUGAAUGUUUGUUUAUUUAUUCAGAAAAUUUUAGCUAUCUUAUUGCAGUUAUAACAAAACAAAACAAAAGCGUAGAAGAAAACACAUUUUAUUUCAGACCCAUUAAAGCCCCCCCUCCCCACUUGGGCCCUAGGUAGUCAGUCCCACCUUUCCCCCCCACUACCACACCCCUGGACAGAAGCAAGCUCCCCUCGCAAUGCAUCAGAACGCUCAGAAAAGGCCCGGCGAGUACACUGUUGUCUGAUAAUGGAUGUAUCCGUCGUUCAUAAAUCAAAUACGUCAGAACGUGAGAAUUCUUGCUCGCGCCCGCAAACGUUACUGGUGAAAACCGUUAGUUCUAAACGUUAUAUCUGUUCAAGUCGGCUGUUGCGACCGGUUGUGACGUUAAAUGAUACAUAUUGAAAGGUAGGUAACACCUAUAUCAAAACAACGUCUUGGUAAAGCUAUAUUUUUGCUCCUAGCUAAAUAACUGUUUCAUACCGUUUAAUGUAUUACCUACGUUUAAUGUAAUAGCAAAGUAAGCUAACUUCAACUAGCUCAACGGUCAAAUUCAACUGCUAACUAUGUAGUUAUCCUAACUAACAGCAAGUGUCAUUAACUUAUUCAAACUUGUCUAAUAUAACCUGUAAUUUAUUUUAAAUAUCGAUAAAAGUCACCUGUGCUAUUUUUAACGUAAGCCUUAUAAGUUUCAUUCUUUAAAAUUAAGCUGUGAUGUAUCUUUGUGGCCAGAACAGAAUGGACAGAAACCGUGGUUUUAACUUCAAACUAUUGGUGCCUCCGAGGGUGAAUAAAGGACAGGUUUCCGCUGUUCGACCUCAGGAAGUCGUUGAAAACUCUGGUGGUUUCAUGAAUCCAUUAGAGCAGGGCUACAGCAAGUACUUUGACAAAGAGCAGAGUAUGUGUUCUGUCAGUGCAAGUGUGGUUGCACCUACUAAAUCUACCAAACAAGCCUGUCAAGAUUUUCCCAAGAUGAAAGCUGUGCCACCGAUGGAGAAGAACGAGAUUAAUCGACAUUCUGGACAGCUUUACACCAAGCUGUUAGAAGAAGUUGAGAAAAUAAAGUACUGGAAGAUCAAAGCAAACUCGGACAUCGUGAAGACGGAGAGGAGACUCCAAGAAAACAAGAAAACUAUCGAAACUCAGCGAAAAGCUAUUCAAGAAUUGCAGUUUGGAAAUGAAAGUCUUAGCAUAAAGUUGGAGGAAGAGAUCAGCGAAAAUGAUGAGCUGAGAAACAAAAACAAUGCAACAAGGACCUUGUGUAAUAUACUUAAAGACACUUUUGAACGGUCUGCUGAGAAAAUGCAUUCAUUUGAAUCUGAGAGAGAAGACACACAUCACUUCCUUCUGGAAAAUAGUAGACGCAUUGAAAAACUGAUCGCAGAAUUUGAAAGCCUCCGCAUUCAAACAGAAGUUGAUCAGCAAGAGAUGCAAAAAGUCAAAGAAGGCUUGCAGCAGUUUGAGAUCCUGAAAGAGAAAUAUAAUGAAGAAUAUGACAUGAAAGAGAAGCAGGUGUCAGUUCUUCAAACUACACUCAAGGAAAAGGAAAACGAUCUACAUAAAAUCCUGCUUGACUUCCAUGAAACCCAGAAGCACUGCAGACAGCUGGAAGAUGCAACAGGGGAACAAUGUGAACUUCUCAAAAGCUCUGAAACAGAAAAGGUAUCCCUUCUUCAAAAACUGCAGAGUGUGGAGCAGUGCUUGAAAGAGACUGACAAAAAAUAUGAAGCACAGCUGGAAGAAAGUAAAGCAGAGUAUACAGAGAUGAUUCAAAGCAAAGACUUAAGCCUUCUAGAGCUCAGCAGAGUUAAAACUCAACAAGCAGAGAAGCUGGAGCAAAUACAGACGACCUUUCAGGAGCUGCAGAAUUCUCUCUUUUUACAGAUACACAGGGCCAAAGAACUUGAGGAUGAACUCAUCACAAACAGGGAGGAACUUGAAAGGAAAAGCACACUUUUAGGAGAAACUGUGGAGCAGAGUGCAAAGAAAGAUGGGCAGAUUGAGAUCUUAGAGGAAGAACUGGACAAAAAAUCAAAGUCUGUUGAGUCCAUGAAAGUUACGAUUGGAAUAACAGCAGACAGAGUGAAGGAGCUUGAAGCUGAACUUUUAAAGAAAAAGGACGAGGCACAUCUGCUGAAGGAUAAAGCAGAUGUCACCCUUGCUGAAAACAAUCUGCUGAAGAAGACGUGUGAAGCUGCUGAAAAGGAACAAGAAGAUUUGAAGGAAAAAUCAGCAGUGACCGAGAUCAAAGUACAAGAGCUCAAGCAACAGCUUUUUUCUGAAGUAGAGAAAAAUAAAGACCACGCCUCUCAGAUGGAGCAACUCAGGAAUGACAUCACACAUCACGAAGUAAAGUACACAGAGCUAUUAUCCAACUAUAAUGAGCUGCAAUCUGAGAAGAAGGCCAUUCAACAACAGUUUGAAAGUGGAUCUUCCGAUGUGAAAGCUGCCAAGGCCAACAUUAAGGAGAGCGAGGAGAAGGCAACGAAGCUAACGAGAGAAAUUCAAAGACUGGAUGAAGAAAACCAAAGCCUGAGAGAGAAAGUAAACUCAACUAAAUCCGAAAUCCAAGGGAAAUAUCAGGAAACUGAGGCCUUGCAGAAGAAAACUGAAGAAAAAUGUGAACAUUUGCAGGAGGUAAUAACAAGAAAAGAAAAAGAAAUCAAAGCUGGAGAAACUAAGCUGUACAAUCUCAGGAAGAAGUUUGAGAUUAAACUUAAAGCAAACGAAGAGUUCCAGAAAGAGAACAAAGUGCUGAAGAAGCAGAUAGCAAAGGAGAUGGAAAAAUCCAGUGAGCUUGAAGUUGCGAUCAACAGUAUUUAUGAGGAGACCCAGAACCUCAAACAUCUGAAUGAAGAGGACCAUCAGAAACUGCUAAAGGAUCUUGAAUCAAAAUCAACCUCUGUAGCAAAGCUUGAGAAUGAGGUUCAGAAGCUCAGAUUGACAACAACUGAGGCCAUCAAAAAGGAAGAUGCAGGACUCAAGUGCCAACACAAGAUAGCAGAUAUGGUCUCGCUAAUGGAGAAACACAAGAGCCAGUAUGAACGGAUGGUUGAGAAAAAUGCAGAGCUGGACGAGAAGAAAAACAGAGAAGCAGAGGCUGUUUCCCAGAGGAAAUCACUGGAGCUGGAUCAUUUAAAGAAUAAGGCAGAGAACGAUCAGCUGAAGCAGCAGCUGAAGACAGAAGUGACAGAGAAGGCAAACCUACAGAAGGAGCUGACUGAUCUGAAGAAAGAAUUGUCAUCGAUGAAGAUCACUCAGCUGUCUGAAGCAAGAAACAAGCAGUCUCCAGCUUUAAACUGCACUCAAGGGAAGUGUUCAGAGACUCAAAAAGAGAGCUCUGCAAAGAGACAUGUGUAUGACUUUGCUAAGAGCAGAAAAACUCCCUCCAACAGCAAAGCCAUGAGGAGAGAUGGGAAGGAGUCUGACACUGAAGUCAUGAGGACACCCUAUGGAACAACACCAAAGAACAGGACAUUCAAAAAUGGAGACCUGAUAACCCUACAAAGCAUCCGAAACCGGGUUGGUGGAUCAUGCCAAGAUCAAAGUAAUGUUUAGGUACAACCACCUUCAACUGAAAAGGCCACACGUUGGAAGAGCACCGUAGAGCUUGACCCCAAGUCUGACAGCUCGGAUCUGAAUGAUCUCUUGACUUUUGUGAGUCCACCUGCGUCCAAUCUUUCUGCUCCACCCUGCAAACUGAAGAUCUUCAAAAAGAUCCAGAGUCCAGUCCCUCAUAAGUCACGGAACUCCUUAAAGCUAGCUGCAAUGAAGAGGAUGAGAGAUGCUGGUUGGACGGCUGUUACUGGCUGUGACAAAAAAAAGAAGAAGACCAUUGAGAAGAUAUUUGCAUAAGUAGUCCUGUGACAGGUCAGAUUAAUAGUGAUGAUAAGGUUAUUUGGCAGGUUCAGGUGUUCAUAUUUAAUCUUAAUGUUUACAUAAACAGUGUGAGAUGAUAUAGAGAAUAAUUUAAAACUAAAUCUGGUUCUUUACAUUCGCUGGAAAUAUUGUAAUGAACCAGCUAUACUGUAUUAAUGAUAGAUUUAGUGUUCCUGAAAUUACAGUUAGUUUGUUGAUUAGAUUUGAUAUGAGAUUAAUCUUUCUUUGCUUUGUAAGAACAAUUUAAAUAACUUCCAGUCAAUAUAUUUGCGUUCAAGUUGUUUCAGUUCUAGUUCAGCUUCUAUUUAUCAGUGUGUUAUUGUGUAGAAGAAUUGAUCUUUACAUGUGUUCAAAUGGAAUCUCAUUUAUUUGGCUCAGAUUGACAUCGUUGUUGUUCUAUCUUAAUGUAGCUAAUAUAUUCAUGUAUCCUGGUAGUAUAAAAGUAAAAGUAAAGUUUAAAUCCUU